UAGCAGUGAAAAUUGGAAGUCUCUCUCUCUCUCUUUCUCCCGCUCGGCUGGUGUAGUUCCGCUCCGGUGAGAAAGAGCUGCCGCGGCACUAGAGUUAUUUCGCUCGUUUGUCCUCCGACGAACCGUUCCACUCAUCGCGUCUCCGUCUUUGUCCGGUUCGUAUCUUCAAUUAGGUUUUUCCGUAGACGAAAUCGUAUCCCAUGGAUUCCCUUCAUUCCACCUACAGAAGCGAGGGAGAAGUGACGGAGGGGGAGGAGGAAGGAGUACGGCUAUCUCCCGCUGCCGCCACCGCCGCCCCCGUCCUGGACCACAAUCCUCUCCUCCCUCCUCGGCCGCCAGUUCCUCCUCCCGCUGCAAUUGGGCUUCUUUCAUUUCCCGAGCCCGACGCGGCUACGACGAACAAGCAGCAGAAAGUCGCGGUUGGGGCUUCCGCCUCCGAAUCGCAGUCGGAAUCGGACCCUACGACUUCCAACGAUACGGAGAAGCCAGUGGUGAUGGAAGAAGAGGAGGAGGAGGCGGAGGAAGAGGGCCGGCCGAGUAAGAAGCAUAAACAGGUGGAGGUAAAGGAAGAGGAAGAAGCAGAAGAAGAGGAGCAGCAGCUGCAACCGGAGGCGAUGACGCCGGUGGAGGAAAUUUCCAAUGGAAAUGGAGCAGCCAACGGCGAGAACGGGAGCGUCGAGGAGGAGGCGAAAGCUCCUCCAUCCGCUGCUGCAGCUGCAGCAGCUACUACGCAAUCCGCCGUGAAGAAGAAGUCGAAGAAGAAGAGCAAUAACAAUGUCUGGUCGACGAGGUCCACUCGGAAGGGGAAGAAGAAGGCGAAGCCGAACCCGCAGAGCACGCCCACGGAGGACACCGUGUCGAUCACUCCCGUCCCCAGGUUCCCGGACAAGAACGAUGAUUCUCCGGAGAUGGCAAUUUGCUUGUCCAAGGCGUACAAGGCGGAGAAAGUAGAGGUGAGCGAGGACAGGUUGAGCGCUGGGAGCUCCAAGGGUUACAGAAUGGCGAGGGCAACUAGAGGGGUUUGUGAAGGUGCUUGGUACUUCGAGACCAAGGUUGAGAGUCUGGGAGAGACUGGGCAUACGCGGCUCGGGUGGUCUACUGAGAAAGGGGACUUGCAGGCGCCGGUUGGCUAUGAUGGGAACAGUUUUGGGUAUAGAGAUAUUGAUGGUAGUAAGAUUCAUAAGGCAUUGAGGGAGAAGUAUGGGGAAGAAGGGUACAAAGAAGGGGAUGUCAUUGGGUUCUAUAUUAACUUGCCCGAUGGUGGUUCAUAUGCUCCUAAGCCACCUCGUUUGGUUUGGUAUAAAGGACAGAGGUAUUUAUGUGCUCCAGAUGCCAAGGAGGAUCCUCCUAAGAUUGUGCCGGGAAGUGAGAUAUCAUUUUUCAAGAAUGGCAUAUGUCAAGGGGUUGCAUUCAAGGAUCUAUACGAGGAUUUUGGUGGGCGUCCCAUGCCAAGGCCCAUGAUUGAAGUUCCUUAUCAUGGGUUUGAUGCUCGUGUUGACAGUGGCACGCCCAAUGAGGAGAAACAGUAGUACGCAGUCUCAUUGAUGCUUACCACAUUGGUUUUUGGUUUCACUAGUUGGCACUCUAGAUGUCAAAUUAGAAAUGUCUAACAAAACAUCUUAUGUAAACUCUACAUUUCUAGAAUGACUAAAGAAGAGCGAUUUUCCUUGUGAAAUAUGAAGCAAUUGGAAUGAGGCUGGCUGAUGACAUUUGAUUUCACGAUAUUAGUUAGUUUAUUGUUCUUAUAAAACAAGUCUGAAUACUUCUGAUGAGUUUUAUGGUAUUUUUUCAACGGCGAUCAAGCAACUUAUCAGAUUAUUCAUGUCAUGUUUAUAUAUUAUGAGUUAUGUACUACGUAAUCUGUGUGUUUUUUCUUCAAUAUCAAUAUGCUUCUUUGUUUUCUGGAUUUUGCAAAUCUUCCGUCUCACUUUCGUGUGAAUUUAGUUGCAUCUUUACUGACCCGUGACAAAAUGAAAUGCAUAUUGCCCU